AUGAUGGAGAAAACUAGGCAGUAUUCUGAGACAACGCCUCUGCUAGAGGUCCAUGUCGCACGGCAACGGUGUCGAUACCAACACCCUGCGCUCCGUCUGCUCAGUACACUGCUCCCUAUCGCAGUGAUCCUCUUCCUGAUCCCCUCGAUUUGGUCUUAUCUCCCCUGGGCGCACCCGCUACCCCAUGCAUCCUGGCCAGAAGGCAACGGACUCCCCUAUGAUCAACUACAGCAGAUCCUCCUGAACACUCCGUCCGCCGCUAAGCCCGGCAAGAAUCUCAGCCAAGCGCUGUGGACAUUGGAGAAAUGGAAGGAAUUUGGCGUGGAAGAUACGACUCUCGCGACCUAUGACAUCUACCUGAACUAUCCACUAGAUAAUCGUCUGGCUCUGUUGAAGAAGUCAGGCGGUAACACCGAGGUGACCUUCGAGGCUACCUUGGAAGAAGAUGUGCUCGAGGAAGAUCCUACUUCUAACUUGCCAGAUCGUGUGCCCGUUUUCCAUGGGUAUUCAGCUACUGGCAACGUGACCGCUCGGUUCGUGUAUGCCAACUUUGGCACGUACAAGGACUUUGAGGAUCUGGUGAACGCCGGUAUCCCAUUAGAAGGCAAGAUUGCGAUUGUCAAAUACGGUGCCAUCUUGCGUGGUCUGAAGGUGAAAAGAGCACAGGAGCUCGGCAUGGUUGGCGUGAUCAUCUAUAGUGAUCCGCAAGAGGACGGCGAGAUCACCGAGGAGAAUGGUUACGAAACCUACCCUAACGGACCUGCACGGAACCCUAGUGCCAUCCAGAGGGGCAGCACACAGUUCAUAAAUACUCUUCCCGGUGACCCAACUACACCCGGGUAUGCAUCCAAACCUGGGUGCGAGCGACAAGAUCCACAAAACUCAAUUCCGUCCAUUCCUUCCCUUCCCGUGUCCUAUAAAGAGGCCUUGCCUUUGCUAAAAGCCCUAAAUGGCUAUGGGCCCAAGGCGGAGGACUUUAACAAGGACUGGCAAGGCGGCGGUCUGGGCUAUAAGGGUGUGGAGUACAACAUUGGCCCUUCUCCGGAAGAUGUGGUCAUCAACCUAGACAACCAGCAGGAGUACGUGACGACUCCAGUGUGGAAUGUCAUUGGUGUCAUCAAAGGACAUAUCCCUGACGAGGUGAUCAUUCUUGGCAAUCAUCGUGAUGCAUGGAUUGCUGGAGGUGCAGCCGACCCUAAUAGUGGAUCUGCAGCACUCAACGAGGUUGUGCGCAGCUUCGGUGAAGCUUUGAAGACCGGAUGGAAGCCACUGCGCACUAUUGUCUUCGCUAGCUGGGAUGGCGAAGAGUACGGUCUUCUUGGCUCGACCGAGUGGGUUGAAGAUAAUCUGCCCUGGCUCUCCAAGGCCAACAUCGCGUACUUAAAUGUUGAUGUGGCUGCGGCGGGCACUGAAUUUCAUCCUAGCGCCGCGCCUCUCCUAAACAAGGUUAUCUACGAGGUCACUAGCCUAGUGCAGUCGCCAAACCAAACUGUCCCCGGCCAGACGGUGCGCGAUGUUUGGGAUGGAGAGAUUGGAACCAUGGGUAGUGGAAGUGACUUCACCGCAUUUCAAGACUUUGCAGGUGUCGCCAGUCUAGACUUUGCAUUUAUUCGCGCAGCGACUGACCCCGUCUAUCACUAUCAUUCUAACUACGACAGUUUUACCUGUAUGGAGAAAUUCGGUGAUCACGACUGGAGCUACCAUAUUGCGUGCACCAAGCUGUGGGCAUUAAUAGCAGCACGGCUUGUCGAGUCACCGUUGAUCGCCUUCAGCGCCACUGAUUACGCCAAGGGGUUAGAAACCUACCUGCACCAAAUCGAGCCGGCGGCGGACAACCUGCCCGAGGGUUCACACUUCGACUUUGCAGAUCUAGAGUUUGCUAUUCUCAAUUUCCACGAGUACGCCCGGCAAUUUGACGAGUACACUGCCGAUCUCGUCGAGAGGCUCGGCGAGCACGUUCCAUGGUAUAAAUGGUGGAAGAAGGUCCAUCUUCUCUUCCAGAUCCGCGCCGCAAAUGACAAGUACAAGGGUCUUGAGCGCGCGUUCCUGUACCAACCUGGCCUUGACGGCCGUAACUGGUUCAAGCACGUUGUUUUCGCCCCCGGUAUCUGGACUGGCUAUUCGGGCACCACCUACCCCGGACUUGUGGAGAGCCUCGAAGCUGGCAACUUGGAAAACGCCAAGGUUGGUUUUUCAUCUGAGCUUUUAGUUAUCGGUUCUAUCGUGCUGACUUAUUGGCGUCUUUCAGAGAUGGAGCACGAUUAUUCAGGAAAGGAUGAAGGCGGCUACGAAGCUGCUGGCAUAAGUUUCCUGGUCCCAAUCUAG